CUUCCUUUUUGCGUUAAAACGCAGUAACCCUUAGUUUGCCGGAGUGAGAGGAAAAGUGAAGGAGCGGAGAGAACGAGACCAGCCGUUCCUUUAACAAAAAAGUCCCGAGUCUUGGAAAAAUGAGGCCUCUCUCCGCAGCGUUGUGGAAACGUCAAGCGAUCGACCGCAGCUGUUCCGAGCCUUGAGCACGCGUAUUUUCCUCCAUGAAAGUAGCGUGGCUUCUUUUUAGCAACGGCCGGAAGGGGCGAAGUAACGAAAUAACCUCGAAAGAGCAACAGCAACAUGACCUUCCUGCUGGAGGCUGCCUCACUCAUCCGUCUUUAAUGAUUUGUAGUACCAUUGGCAAGUCAGAACAUGUACAGCCCAUGAUGAUGUAAGACCAGAAGAUGGCAGGAUUGCCAGAGCUCAGGGACCCUCCAGGGGAGGGCACUUUGGGGGCUGGGGCAUUUUCUGUUUCCUAUUUGGCUGGCAACCGCCUGAACCUAGACGUCUAUCCUGAGAGCUGCCGUUUGUUCCUCAAGCUGCUUGAGAGCAGGAGAGAAGAAGUAGAACAGGUGGAAUUCUUGAGGCUGAACUGCAAUGAGGACCUUAUCACUUCCACCCUGAGCACCCUUCCUGCUUUGACAGGCUUGAAAUCUCUUGUGCUGAAAGGUGGACACUUCAGGGAUGAAAUUGGUGCAUGUCAGAAAGGAUUGCUAGCAUCUUUGCCACAAGACUUUGGGCAGCUAAAAUGCCUUGCUCAUCUAGAUCUCAGCUUCAAUAGCUUCACCAUUUUACCUCCCUGCGUUACGAAGCUGGCCAGUCUCAGUUUUCUCUUAGUCAAUCACAACAACUUGCAGAGGCUACCUGAGGACUUUGGCCAGCUUGCCAAGCUGACUGUUUUCUCUGCUAUGAAGAACCAGCUCAAAGGUCUGCCACAGAGCAUUGGGGGGCUGGCAGCAUUGCAGACACUGAACCUCUCUGAAAACGCACUGGAAUCACUUCCGGAAGAGAUUGGGAACUUGCACAGCUGCACAGAGCUUGAUCUCUCUGGAAAUGAAUUAACAGAAAUCCCCAGUUCUCUUGCCAAUUUACAAUCUCUGCAGCAGCUGCAUCUUCACAGCAAUCUUUUGACAACUGUUCCUGCUUCCCUUGCCUGCCUGCCCAACUUGUCCAGGCUUGAUCUGCAGAAUAAUAGGCUUCGAAGCAUCCCUCCAGAGAUCCAGAGUUUUCCUUUUGUGCGCCUCCGGGGUAAUCCUCUAGGAGAACUGGAGGUGCCUCUGCAAUCAGAUGACUCUAGUUCGGAAGAAUUACAGAGAGUGUAUCUUAAAGCUGAUGAAGACAGCUUUACUGUGACUCCUGAAGGCUGCCGCGUCUUCUUGGCUUGUGGCAUUCAACUCCGUUUCCCACGGGGUGCUGCAACUACUCUAGUAACUAUUCACUUCCAGAAAUGCUCCCCUGAGCCUCAUUGGGUGAAGCUGAAGCACCAUGACAUUGUGCUAAGUAAAGUCCUGGAACUGCAGCCCCAUGGGAUUCAUUUCCAGCAGGAGGUGCGGAUCUGGAUGCCCUAUGCCUCUCCUCGCAGCCUGCACGACCGUGAGCUCAUAAUCCGAACCUUUGAUGGGCAGAAGUGGAGCGAUUUGGGAACCAGAGUGAAGUGCAAAGGCAAGAAGCGCUUGGCCUGCUGCAGCGUCUCUCACUUCUCCUGGUUCUUAGUUGUCUCACGCCUUGUGGAGAAUGAAUGCGAAGUCUCUCAGGAAGGGGGCUUGCUUGUUUCAACUGUUGAUCCCAACAUUAAAGUGACCUUUCCUCCUGGUGUGACCAAGGAGGCGAGGACAGUGAAGCUUCAGGUGCUGCUUGUGUCAACAAAGGAGCUAAGAGAGAUUACAGGUGAUUCUGAAACGGUUGCCAGCCCUCUCCUCUGCCUCUCUCAGAAUUCCACUGUGGACUUCCUUCAGCCUGUUAAAAUUCAGCUUCCGCUGCCUUCUGGUGUCACAGGUCUAACCUUGGAUCGUUCCAGGGUACAUUUGUUGCACAGUGACUGGGAUGCUCAGAACUGGAGUGACAUCACUGAUCAAGUGGUACUGGAGUUCACCCACCUCUAUGCCUUAUUUGAAGUCACACACUUCUCUUGGUACUGGUUAUGGUGCACCACAAAAGCCUACAUUGGUGGCUUUGCUAAAGAAGUCUAUAAAAGGUUGCGCAUGUACCAGGUGAACUUCAUAGCACUACAGAGAAAGAAAGAUCCAGAGCAAGUCUUGCUGCAGUGUCUCCCAAAGCACAAGGUGGAUCCUGUUUUGAAAAAGCUCCAUGACCGAUAUCGAGGCCCUGAGCCAUCUGAUAUUGUAGAGAUGUUUGAAGGAGAACAGUUCUUUGCAGCUUUUGAACGAGGCAUCAGCAUUGAUGCAGACCGCCCAGACUGCGUUGAUGGAAGGAUUUCGUUCAAUUUUUUCUCUCAUUUGAAAAAUGUGAAGGAAGUCUACAUUACCUCUGAAGUGGACAGAAAAAGCAAGGCUGUGAAAGGGCAGGUUUCCUUUUAUCGAGGAGCUGUUCCUGAGAACAUUCCUGAAGAGAUUGCAAGGAGGAGGAAGGGUCCCGACUCUCAUUGGCUAGCCACAUUACCAAUCAAGUUGCCUAAAUUGAAAACUCAGGUGAACAAGCAGCCCACAACUCCAGAUGGCUUCUCUCUUCCUCCUCUGAAUUUGGGGAAUGCUGAAACUGGCUACUUGACACAGUCCAAUCUACUUGGCAUUGCUGGGCGCAUAGGAGCUGAAUGGAGAACCAUUGGUUUAAACCUGGGAUUGUCCUAUCAGCAGAUAGAGCGCAUACAGUACAAUAACAGGGAAGAUCUCCAUACUCAGAUCCUAGAUAUGCUCUUCUCCUGGGCUCAGCAAAAUGAAAAGAACCCAAACUGCGUAGACAAGCUGAUUACAGCCAUGGAGGAUAGUGGCCGCCAAGACAUAGCUGAUGAGAUCACUGCCAUUAUUGGACUGGGAAGGCAGAAAUAUACUGAGUCCAUCCGGAGGGUGGGCCUGGACCGGAAAAGUAGCACAGAAGAUUCUGCUAUUGUUUUGGGAUAAUUGCUGACAAAGGAAUGUCACCUUUUUACCUUGAAUGCUGAGACUGCACAAAAACCUAACAGCUGAGGUGUUUCUGGCCAUUACAAGAGCUAAGGCCAUUGAUAUUAAGUUUCUAGUCCUUCAUACGAUGUAGAAAUGCUUGAGCUUUCAUUGAGCUCCCACACACUCAUACUUGGGGCUCCUGGAAUGGAAAUGGCUGACUGAGACUCUGGAUGGUGCACUGAAGUUCUAGGAAGCUGUGAAAUACAAUCAUGCUGAAUUCUAAGUGUUGCUGUAUUGGUGGCAUUAAUCUAUAAUAACACUAUCUCUGUAAGGGGAAAAAAAUUGUAAUAUAGUGCCAAGACAAAGGAAUAGAGUUGUUUGUCAGAGAAGGACUGGACUAAAAUGCUCUUGUAUUCUGUCCUGGUACAUGAGUUCAGAUGUCUUUGAGCCUCUGAGUUUACAAUGUGAGAAACACACAGCUCUUCUCUGGUAUCAGAUUUACCCUGAAUCCUUUGGGCUGUGGAUUUACUUCUUCACGUCUCUCUUGGCUUUAGAAAAGGAGUUGGAGCUACUAUCAUGCUUUCUAAACCUCACCCUUUAAUUAGCAUUAUCCAGUUCACACACGAUGCUAAGCCAUAAUGUAAUUUGUUCAGUUUUGUUGGAAACCAGAAUGUGUAGAUUAGUGUUUUGUAUUAAUCCAACCAAUUAUGGAUUAGUCAGAUAACCAGGAUUAAUCAAAUCCAGGCUAUUUCUUCUUCAAGAAUUGGUACUGUCCAAUUCUUCUCUUUAGGGGGACGCGGUGGCGCAGCGGCUUAAUGACGCUGAAAG